GCGAGCGCGUCGCCGACGGGUGCCGCCGUGUGGCGACCGUGAGCCCCGAGGUUGCGGCCUUCCCCGCCGCAGCCGCCAGCCCAAGUUUGAGCGUCGUCCCGAGCAGUUGGCGCGCGCGCACGGUCCCGCCACGCGACGGAGAGCGGUCUCCGCUGACGGCACAGAGCGACUUCGAUUUCCGAUUACGGCACAUCGCGCUUUUUGACGACGACGACGCAGGAGGAGGUGUAGGCCACUUGUGGGAGCUCCAGGGUGCUGCAAUGUGCCGAGUGUUUGGCCCGCUAGACCGUGAGCCACAGCAGCCAUUUGCACACUCUUCAACUCUCUGGCCCCUCUGAGGGAGUGCCAACAUGGAAGAGCCCCAACAAGAAAUGGCCGCCACUGCAACCGCCACUACCACCACAACUACCACCACAAAUAACAACUCGGACUCGGAUGCCAGCCCUGGCCGGAGUAGCCCAGCAUCUCAACAAAGCGAGCCCGGCAGCCGAGCAGCCCCAGAUGCAGCAGCUGUUCGACCAGAUGUGCCAGCACCAGCCACUGGUUCGAGUCGGCGUCGCAGAGCAGCUGACUGGGAAAUUAUGCAGGGGCUGCGCACAGGCCAGCGCUGUGAUGACAAGCCAAGAAAAUUUGAGGGCUACCUGCUUAAGCGCCGCAAGUGGCCACUUAAAGGAUGGCACAAGCGGUUCUUUUGUCUUGAGAAGGGGAUCCUAACAUAUGCAAAGUCUUCAACAGAUAUGGCAAAAGGAAAAAAUCAUGGGUCAGUUGACCUUGGGCUUUCUGUAAUUUCCACAAAAAGCAAAGGGCGGCGAAUUGACAUUGACGCUGAGGAAUUUAUUUAUCAUCUAAAGGUAAAAAAUCAAGCACAGUUCCAGCUGUGGGUGUCUCAGCUGCAGCACCACAGGCUCUACCGACAGCAUGAAAUUACCUUUGGUAGCCGGGAGGCACCCAAGAUGACCUCUCCUGCUGCCGAGGAUUCUGGCGCUGUUCCAGCGGGCAAUGGACCAUCAGGAUUCGACCUCAGCAGUAUGACCUCAGCUAUGUUGCUUGAAAAUUCUCGUCUACUUCGUAGCCCGUUAAACCAGCAGCAGAGUCGUGUGGCUGCUUGGAUCCUGGACUCAUCAGCUAUUGACCAUGGGAACAAAGAUGCUUCAAUGCUCCAAGAGAAGCUGUUCCAUUUGUCCAAUCUGCUGCAGCUGAUUGAAAACAGUCCAAGCACGAUGUCUUCAAAUUACCUUGAGAUCCCUGAGAUGGAGCAUGUCGUCGGAGGUCAAAAGAAAGAUCGCAAGCGGUUCCACCUGAAGCGCAUUCGAAGAGGCAAAAAGGACUCUGAGCCAGGUGUGGCAAGCAAAGGGGGCAGCAGUGGGAGCAGCGGCAGUGGCAAGCCACCGCUCAAUGUGGAAAUAACAGUGUCACAGGAUGCAGCCGGCGCUAAUGAUAUUUUUGCCAGCAUGGACAACCUGACGGAAGCUAAUCGCUCUGAAAAGUCGGAUCAGCCUGCAAUGCUUUCGAUUCGGGACAUGGGCUACCUAAGUUGCUCACACCCUUCAUUGGCAUCAGAUGGGACACUGGUUGGCCCUGUGCCCGACAGUACUGCUCUGGCUGCAUACUGUUCAUACGACACUACGGGUGUCUUUAAGCACAUGGAGCAGUUUCUCUCUCUGGCGAAGGAAGUGCAUUCAGGCCUGCGAGCCAUGCUACGCAGCUUACAAACCGAGCGGGAGCGCCUCAAGCAGCACUUGGAGUCGGAGAGCACUGCCAGCUGUGGCAGCAAUGUUGCAUUGAUUGCAAACCUUAAGAAUGCACUGACGCAGGCGGUUCAGCAGAACUAUGACCUUCGAACCUGCCUUAAGAAGAUCCAUGAAGACACCGAUCCAUCAGCAUUCCCAGCACCUGAUGGAUCUGCUGCAGAAAGUUUUGAUGAGCCAACGCUUGUGCAUCAACCUGUGCAGCAGUCGGUGUCACACGAGAGCUCGUCUGCACUGUCAACAUCGGAGUUCUUUGAUGCAGCUGAAAAGUUGUCACUGAGCAGCUCUUCCUCAGAGGAAGAAGAAGAGGAAGGCAGCUUUUGCAGUGAGGUGUCUGAUGAUGGCACUGAAUAUGCACCUGGUGUUGAGGGCAAUCUCAGCGACCGCCUGCCGCUGUCUCAAGGGCGCCGUUCAAAGCUGCCAGCUCCCAAACCUGAUGCAGGUGAUACAAGCUUGUGGAACUUAUUGUGUAAAAACAUUGGCAAGGAUUUGUCUAAAGUGAGCAUGCCAGUGACCAUCAACGAGCCCCUCAACAUGUUACAAAGACUGUGUGAGGAACUGGAAUAUAGUGACCUGUUAGAUAAAGCGGCUGCAACUGAAGACCAUUUUGAUCGAAUGGUGUGUAUAGCUGCCUUUGCAGUCUCUGGCUACAGCUCAUCCUAUCAUCGAGCUGGGUACAAACCUUUCAAUCCACUGCUUGGAGAAACUUAUGAAUGCAUUCGAGAGGACAAGGGUUUCCGGUUCAUUGCAGAGCAGGUGAACCACCAUCCACCUGUUUCUGCCUGCUACGCAGAGUCUAAGAACUACAAGUUUUGGCAAGAUGUUAGGAUCAAAACCAAAUUUUGGGGAAAGUCUAUGGAGAUCCUCCCAGUGGGCUCUGUUCACCUCGAGUUGUUGAGCUCUGGAAGUCACUACCAAUGGAACAAGGUGACCACAUGUGUGCACAACAUCUUUAGUGGCCAGCGGUGGGUGGAUCAGUAUGGGGAAAUGACAAUCCGAGAUCUGACCCAUGAUGUGACCUGCAAAUUGACUUUCGUAAAGGCCAGCUAUUGGUCUGACAAGCGCCAUGAAGUCUUUGGAACUGUGGUCAACAAGCAGGGAGAUGUUAUUUGCAACCUCUCAGGGCAGUGGACCGAAGCAAUAUACUGUGGUGUUGCUCCUGCAGCAAAGUGUGUCUGGAGGCCUGGAGCGAUGCCCGAGGACUAUGAGAUGUACUAUGGUUUCACACGGUUUGCCAUUGAACUCAAUGAACUUGACCCACAAGUGGCUAAACUGUUGCCUCCAACUGACUCAAGGUUUCGCCCAGACCAAAGGCUGUUAGAGGUGGGCAACAUUGCUGCAGCUGAAGCAGUCAAGUCUCAACUGGAGCAGAGUCAGAGGGAACGACGAAAGCAAAGGGAAGAACAGGGCAUUGAGUAUCAGCCAAUGUGGUUCAGAAAGGAGACAACGAAAGAUGGAAAGGAGCACUGGACUUACACUCACAAAUACUGGGAGACUCGCACAAACCCUGGCUUUGGCAGCAUCCCAUUUCCAGAAAAGCUUUGGGAUCCUCUUUAACAUAACAGCAGGGCUCACUCACGCACAGUGCCAGAGUGGUGGUAGUAGUACAUGUGGAUCUGUCUUGUUUUUUUCUUAAUUGUUGAAUUUGCAUUCUUUCAUUGCUGUGCAAGUGCACAAUCUUUAUUUGCACUGCUUGUUCUUUUUCUACUCUGAGGGUGUACGCCUGAAUUCAUUGUGUCACUAACUGUAUGAGUGGCAUUUUGUCGUAUCGCGAGGUGACUACCUCCAGUACAGUGCACACAUCGAAGCAUGUUAUACUGAAGUCUUUGUUGUUUAUUGAUUGAUGCUUAUCUGUUGGCACACAUAUCAUGCGUAUUCGGUGAAUUUUAAUUAGUGUUAACGCUGCUCCUACCCGUGGACUUUCAUGCUGGCAAAAGAACUCCUGCUGGCAGGUGAUAAUUGCUGGGGCAUUCUAGUUGUGUGAUGCUUGUAAGUUUUGCAUACUUUGAAUUGUUAACAUAUAUAUAUGCCACUUUAGAUUGUUCUGUUUGGUGACUUUGACCUUGUAGUACCUUUACCAGGGGUCUGCAAAUAUUAAUGUUGAUUAUUUUGUUUUCCUAUACUUUGGUAUUAAUGCAGGGUUUGUUUGCUUGAAAAACAUGGAAGACCUUGAUUGGAUUCAUUCAUUAUAUAUACCAUUUUGACUGGUGCAUCAGUAGGUGUGUUAAAUAGUUAGUGCCUGCUUUGUGAAAUGGUCAUUGAACUUUUAUUAGAACAGCAUUUUUUUCUCAAUUUUACACACUAAUAAUUUCUCAUUGUUGAACAAGAUUUGUAAAAAAAUUAAAAAAAAAAGUGCAAGACAUUGCUGUAGAGUAUGCCAUCUGAAAUUUGUAAAUACAACAUGAUUACUUUUUAUGUACUUUAACACUGUAUUGUGGAACCAACAGUGCAAACAAACCAAUAAGCACAAGACAUUCAGGGGAUAGCCACUAUGCUUGUCAGGUUUUUUUGCAUGUUUUCUGGAACUCCCAGAGUCAUAAGAUGACAUUUGGGAGUAAUUUUUGUAUUGUUCAGUACUUGUGGAUGCAAUGGCUUAGUCACUGAUAUAAAUGAGAGGGUGUGUGAUUGCAUGCUUAUGCUUAUGGACGUCCCAGGUUUUGAAUGAAUGAAUAUAGAAUCAUUGAAUCUAUAGUUCAUGUAGAAGUGCAGUGUCAUACAGUUAUUGAGUUGCACAUUCAAUUCCUGGUCUUAGAAGGAGUGGAAUGAAAAACGGCCAAGUACUUAGAUUUAGCGAGAGAGCUGCAAUGUGGGCUUGUUAGUUGUUCAUCUUGAAACAAGUGAGUUGUAGCGCAGACUUGAGUUCACAUUAAAAUAUGUGAAGUGGUCAAAAUGAAUAUGAAGUAUUUCACUACAGGAUCUGUCAAUAGGCCAAGCAUUGCUUUGGGUACUUUAAACUUAUCAAGCAAUCAUCACAUAAAUACCAAAGUCCCUUUUUUUUUCCAUUUAUGACUUGGGGAAGUAAUUUUAUAUUCAGUGUAAUGUUGGAUUUUUACUUUCUGUUGAGAGUGUUUCGAAGAAAGAAAGAAAAAAAAAACAAUUUUGAUAUUUGCACACCCCUGGUUUGUGGAUACUGUUGAAGCGGCAAGAUUUUACGGCACAUUGAAGCAAUGUGUUUGUAUUAUUUGUUGUAAGGAUUUUAUCAUUUACUCGCUGCCAUGUCAUGAGAUGCCAAGGACUACAUUCUGCAGUGCUGGUGCGUGAAAACUGUUUUAAGUCAGGUUUGGGUUGCUGUUGAGACCCUCGAGUUUGCCUUAACAUGUGGGACAGUCUUGACCAGGUGCACUGACUGGCCCACAUUCUUACCUAGCCAUGUACCAUCCCGAUACAUGUGAUGCUUCCAUAUAUAAGUAGGCAAGCAGAGUUCAAUGUCUAUACUGCGGUAGUCUUUUGCUCUGUAUAAAAACGAGAGGCAGCCACUCUUAUACAUAGACAGAUAAUACAGCUAGAAUGAAGUUCACUUUUUUUUUCUCCUAGUGUUGAUGAAGGGGCCCUGAAACAUCCUUGCCCUCCUUUUCCCAGAUGUCUGUCUUUUUGCAAUCUUUCAGCGAUAUUGCAUUGCAGUGCAUCCAAUGAAAGUUGUCAGUUGGUUUCCUUAUAUGGAAAUGUAGAAAAUGUUUGAAGUGCAUUGAUACGAGGUGAAAAGUUAAUGGGUUCAGAGCAUUCAUUUUGAGGAACUUGUAUGGGUCUCCAAUUGUAGCUGCGUGCUACUUUCAGAUAAAUGGCAACUUUAUUUCGCUAGCAUCUUCCACCUUGUGAAUUCGUGCAGUUCUGAUUUGGUUUUUAAGUUUUCUUGAGCUUCUAGUUGUCAAAUAAUUCACCCUUGCCCUGCCAUCUGCUAGCCUCCCGGUUAGAUUAGGUUGUUGCAGUGACUGUCCUCAAAAGGCGGUGGUGUCGGGUUUGAUCCCCGAAGCAGGACAAAUUUUUCAUCUGCGAAGCUUUUUUUAUGAUUAGCCUGUGUGGGUUUCCUUGGUAGGUUCAUGCUACAUUCAGGUGGAUACCAACUUUCUCUUGCAUGAUUAUACAUGGCUGUAUGACCAACUGGGAGGGUGCGUUGGUCCUGCCCCAUAUUCGGUGUGCUUGUAAUGACAAGCAGAAAUGAAAAGCCUGAAUGACAAAGAAACUGUAGCAUCAGUGAAAGGUGUUUCAGGGCCCCUUUAAAGGCUGCUGUCUGUAGCAGUCCCAGAGACAGAUUUAAUAGGGCUGGGCUUUUCUUUUUUCUUGCUUUGCCAGUUGACUUAAUUGUGUUAUGUUUGUAACCUUCAGCUGAAUCCUGCAGGCAGGCAUGUCAGUUGUGGUUAUACAUUCAUUUUGAAGCGAAUUUUGUUUUGUGAGUAAAAGACCACGCCAUGUGGCUGUGUAGUACUUCUUAGUCCAAGGAAUGUGGCUGUGCCAUUAAGCCAUGAGACACACAUUACAGACACUGUGAUUUGUUGAAGUGUUGAAGAGGAAGCUGGAAUGCUGUCUCCAAAAAAUAAAGUUGCACACAAGCCGAAAUGUUUCAAAAAUAGAAGCAAGUGGCAAUAGAGAUAGUGCCUCAUGGUGAGAGAGAGCCAAACAAACAAUUUUAUUUGCACAGUCCGCUUAUGGAAAGUGUGCUACAGUCCCUGAAGCAUGUGGAGCACUGGCCACUCUUGAAUGCAUUUGUGCAGUUGAGUCAGUAAUAAUGGCAGUAAUAAGAAAGCAGCAGUAAUAAUAAUAUAUAUAUAUAUAUAGUGUUAAUUUGAUGUCCUCUAAGCCUUUAGGCUGGAAUUCUCCGUGUGACUAUUGUAUGUUUAAAAAGAAAAGAGGAAUUGCUGGUACAGGUUGGAGACACGAAGGGUAUUUUUAUGUAUUACAUCCAAUUCUGUUUCUCUACUUGAAUGUCUAUUGGGCAGUGGUAUGUUGCAUUCAGAUCUGCUGAAGCAUCUUUUCCUUUUGUAGAACUAUUUGUUUGUUGACAGAAGCAGGUAAACUAACUGCAGAAAAAUGUGUCUAUUGUGUUGGACAAUGUUACUUAAAGUGUAUAUUUUUCCUGAACUUGUCACAUUUUAAACAUUACUUUUUUCCAACAUUUGCUUAGUGAUGACAAUUUUGCUAGUUACUAUGCAUUACCUAAUUAUUUAUAUUGUUGCAAGGUAUGCUGAGGGCAAAGGUAUAAGAUCAUGUUGAUGGUGACUAACUUAGUCAACAAAUUUCUAUGUGCAGUUGGUUUGUUCAGACAUAGAACUGUUCCAAGUUACUUUCAUUAUUAGGUACUGCCCUUAGUACUUCUGUAACAAGAAAAAAAAGUGUGCAUAUGAUACAAUUUUUGCAGUCAUUGUGUUAUAUUUUGUUUGUACAUUUGUGACAAUCAGAAAUAGUGAUGUUCCAUGAUGACUAUCAGGACAUGCUGUAGACAAUUCUUGGCACGCUUUGACCAAGGUUAUUGUCAAGUGAUGAGUAAAGCCUUGCUUAAGCUACUGUAAGAGCUUCAGUGAUGCUUAAUGAUGUUUUGCUUGCUUGUUUUCUUUCUCUCUCUCUUUGGAGUGCAUUUGAUUCUAAUAGACUCUUGGCCUGGUAUUUACUUGUUGAGUGGCAACUGUUGCAGUUCUGAAUGCUAAGAAAUGCAAAUGUACGAAAGAAUUUGCGUCCAUGGUCCCUGUGAAAGGCGACACCUCUGCUUGUCAAGUGAUACACCUGAACUUGUAAAGCUCUUGUGAACAGGCAUGUGUGGGGGCUUUUGUACUGUUAAAGAGAGCAAGUAACAGUGAAGGCUUGUGGUUUUUGUUUGCAAGAGGCACAUACUUGCAAGCCUAAGUCUGUAUACACUAAAAAAAAAUUUACAUCUUCCACACUUCUUGCUGCCACUGUGAUGAUGGAAGUUGUUGCUCUGCAUAUCCCUCUGAAUCAAAGUCUAGCCUUCUGUGCUCUUGGAUAUCUGUGCAGUUGUUUUUGUCUUUAAAAUGCUUGUGUUAGCUGAAAACAUAUUUUGGUAGCUGCACUCAUUGCAUUCUCUGAAUGGCCUAAAUGGGAAUCAAAGGCUGGCCCUUGUGACUUCUUGUUUGAAAUAGCUAGCAUUUUUGUUCUCCUACUAAAAAAAAUCUCUGUAAAAUAAUUUGUGUUCCCCAUUUGCUGUCCUGGUUGGCAUUUGUAUAACAAUGGUAAGGUGCACAAGUGUGGGUAUGCACCCAACAGGUUUGGCGAUUAGUAUGACAGGGAUGAUGUAUUCUUGCACAUUUGGUGCCUUUCUGACUGAAUAUGUUUGUGCCACAUUUCAUUAGUUCUUUCCUACAGUGUUCUCCUAUACACUAGUUCUCUUAAGCGGAACUUUGUGCAUUAUUCAGCUUAAUGCGUGAAUUCACAAGUGUGGUCCAGUUUCAUUAUGGACUGAAAUUAAGUUAGUGUUUUUUGGUGCUUUUCAGGUCUUAUAGUGUUCGCAAGUGUUUUGAUCUGGUAGUUGUCAGGAUGGAAAUAUUGUGCCACCCUGGCCUUGUUGGACGUGUUCUAGCAAUUUAUGGUGCACUUUGCUUUGCUUCUCAGUGCAGUAAUGACUCAGAAACACCUUGAUUACUGAAAAGCUAGAUUGGUGAGGAGUGUUUAUGCUCAGAAAGAGAUCUGGAUCGUCAACUGUGGCAAGAAAAAAAAAAGUAUCGACUGUGCCGUUUUUAAAAUAUUUGUUAGCAGCUAGCGGUGAAGAACUCUAGUAAAAAAAGUUUAUCACCUUGUGUGAAUACUGAGCAUAGCAUGGUUUGUAUAGCAAGGUUCUAGCUUAUUGAGGGUUGUACUGUUUAGCGAGUGCUGGAUGGGAUUCCAGCUUGCUGGUUUUCUGCUUACAUUUAUAGGCUGAAACAAGCCUUAAAGAUAUUUUUCUGGAGACCACCAUGUUCCAAGCUGAGCCAUUUGCCAACUGAUUGUUAAAGUUAGUUCUUACUUUGUCAUUUUACAGUGCUUAUAUAGGCCAGCAUACACAUUUUUCUGGUGAAAACGUCAUUCACAGUUAAGUCAUAAGAUAUUUGAUCCAGGUGAAUUGUCAUACCAGUAAAUUGACAUACAGCUACGAGGUGUACCUACUAAAGUGCUGGAUAUAUUAAUAUUACAUAAAUUGUUCAUGACUUGCAUAGAACAUACCUUUGCCCACUUGCCCACUUGCGGCAUGUAAAACAGCUUGAGUGGCUUAUCGCACUUUGGAUGUUAAUGUUACAUCUGACUGCUUGACUAUUUGGGCCAAAGUAUAGCUAGGCAGUGAUGGGCACCAACUACUUGCAUGUUGUUACCCUUAUGUGCCGCCCUUUCUUGUGGUUUCAACAACUAGUUUACUACUUUUCAAGCAGUGUAGUUGGGAUGACCUAAUGACUACUUUCUGUGCAUUGCAAAAGCUUAUAUUGUUAGGUAAUCCCUAAGCACUGUGCUUUACACUAGCUUACUAAAUUAGUGCAAAAUGUCACAAACACCAACACAAGCUUCACAUCUGUUAUAUAGUUGUAUUGUUUCCUUUAAAAAGUUGCAGAAAACAUUUGAAGGGAUUUUGUGCACACAAAGGGUAUUUGUCCAGGCACCUACUCGGCAUUCAUUUGUGGUAGCAGAUGUAAAAUAUCCAAGGGUCAUGAAAUUAAUUGCAUUUUCUAUAACCUUUUGUUUUUGCAUAAUCAAGUGCCAAUGGCAUGUAUGGUAGCUUAAAAGUAAUUAUAAUAUCAAUAAAAUUUUAUUGCCAACAAAACUAAAAUUAUGAAUUCGUGAGCUGAACCAGUGCAUGCAGCUUAUUUUAUAACAUCCACCUAUGGGGAGGGGGGGGGGGGUGGCAUCAGCAUUAGUAUUUAAGGUAAGCUACCUGUCUAAUUUGUGCUUAUGCGGCACAAGUAAGCAUGUCCUGUGAAGACACUUUAACUCUGUUAUCAUCUAAAGCUUGAAUGGCAAGCACAUGUUUUGACAGAAUUUAGGCAAUACUUUAAAUAAAGCCAGUCACUAUAUUGUCUCAUCUGGAGUCCUGCUUAGUUGCCAUGGUGUGUUAUAAAGCUAUUCUAGAUUUAAUCCCAUUUAGCGAUUUAGUGCAGGCGUGGAAAGGAAGGUGAAAUGAAAGUUGACCCAUACAGGGUAUCUUGCAUUGUAUCAUCUGACUGUGCUAGUGAAGUACUCUGCAGUUAUUCCAUACUACGAUAGCCUUGUACAAAUACUUUGACAUUAAAGGUGCCCAAUGUACUAUUAAGAACAGCAAUGGUUAUCCAUAUACUACCAUUGGGGCAGCAAGUGGUGCUUUUUUGCUGAUAGUGUAUAGGUCCUGAAUUAUCUUCCCUUUGCCAGUGCUUGGUGUCACCUCAUCUUCAUGGAAUAAUAAAACCAACUUGUAACAACA